AUGGCUUCCCUCAACAUCACCAAAGCCCGCGCCAACUUCCCUGCUCUGCAAUCAGGGUUCAUCUUCGCCGAUAACGCAGGCGGGUCGCAGGCGGUCCGGGGCGUCGUCGAUCGCAUAUCCGAUUACCUCCUCAAUACCAAUGUGCAACUCGGCGCAGACUACUCUGUUUCGGUGCUGAGCACCGACAGGGUCGCUAGCGGCCCGGACAUCGCGGUCAAGCUCUUCAACGCAUCCUCGCCCUCUGAGAUCGUCUACGGAUCGAGUUCGACGCUGAACUUGGAGAACCUCGCGCGGGGCUUGGAGCCGACCAUCGAAGCAGGCGAUGAGUUCAUCGUCACCGGCGAGCACGAGGCCAACACUGGCCCAUGGAAGAAACUCGCCGCCCGUCGCGGUGGCGUGGUCAAGUUCUGGCACGCAGUCCCGACGUCUCCUGACAACCCCUAUUCCGUCGCGACCCGCAUCGAGGACCUGCUCCCCCUGAUCACCGCGCGCACGCGCAUCGUCGCGAUCUCGGCGUGCUCGAAUAUCCUGGGGUCGAUCGUGCCGGUGAAGGACGUGGUGCAGGCUGUGCGCAGGGAGGCGGCGGCGAAGGGCGCGGCGAAUGUGGAGGUGUCCGUCGAUUGCGUGGCGUAUGCGCCCCACCGGAGGAUAGACGUGAAAGAGUGGGAUGUGGAUUAUUGCGUGUUCUCGUGGUACAAGGUGUACGGACCCCAUUGCUCGGCCAUGUACGUUCGUUCCAAGGCUCUUCAGUCCUCUGUCACCUCCAUCGCACAUCACUUCCUCUCCGUCGGCUCGACUGCCUACAAACUUCAACCCGGUGGACCCGGCUACGAACUUGUAUACGGCACCACCGGCGUCCUGCCUUACCUCCUCUCCCUCGUGCCACCCCCAGCAAACGUCGCAUCCUCGGACGAUCCCACCAUCGCGCACUUGGACGCCGCGUUCGCUGCCAUCGCCGCCCACGAGCAAGAGCUCCUCAAACCCCUCCUCGGCUUCCUGACUGCCCCCGAGCAAGUCGCGCGCGGCGUCCGGAUCGUAGGCACCGAGCACAGCGGCUUACACCGCGUGCCCACCGUCAGCUUCGUCGUCGUCGGCCCGCAGGCGAAGCGCAGUCGAGAUAUCGUGGAGGUGUUUGAUAGAAAAGGCGGGGUCGGCAUCCGCUGGGGCCACUUCUACGCGUAUACCCUCAUCGACGACCUGGAGCCGAAACUUGAUACGGCCGACGGUGUAGUGAGGAUCUCGCUCGUGCAUUAUAACACCGUCGCGGAGGUGCAGCGCAUCGUAGAAAUUCUCAAGGAGGCGCUCCUCUGA